AUUUAGCUCCAUUGCCACACUUCACCUCACUACGGUUUCCGCUCACUCCGUGCGCGCAUACACGUAGAGAAAAAUGGCGUUUAGGGCGGUGAUGUCAGGUCGGGUCCCGAGGUGGAGCUCAGAUUCUGGAGCGAGAUCGAUGUCGUCUUGGUGGCGGAGCGUGGAUCCGGCACCGAAGGAUCCUAUACUCGGUGUUACGGAGGCUUUCCUUGCCGAUUCCAGCCCGAAUAAAGUCAAUGUCGGAGUUGGUGCUUACCGUGAUGAUAAUGGAAAACCGGUUGUUUUGGAAUGCGUUCGAGAAGCAGAGCGGAGGAUUGCAGGAAACUUAAACAUGGAGUAUCUUCCUAUGGGAGGAAGUGUGAAGAUGGUGGAAGAAACACUGAAGCUGUCCUACGGGGAGAAAUCUGAGUUCAUCAGAGACAAGAGGAUUGCAGCAGUUCAGUCUCUCUCUGGGACUGGUGCAUGCCGACUUUUUGCAGACUUUCAAAAGCGUUUUCAUCCUGAUUCACAAAUUCACAUACCGGUCCCAACCUGGGCGAACCACCAUAACAUCUGGAGAGAUGCCCAGGUACCUCAAAGGACCUUCCAUUACUAUCACCCAGAGUCACGGGGUUUAGAUUUCGCAGGACUGAUGGAUGAUAUAAAGAAUGCUCCAAAUGGUUCAUUCUUCCUUCUUCAUGCUUGUGCUCACAAUCCUACAGGAGUAGAUCCUUCAGAGGAGCAAUGGAGGGAGAUCUCACACCAGUUCAAGGCAAAAGGUCAUUUUCCCUUCUUUGACAUGGCGUACCAAGGUUUUGCUAGCGGUGAUCCAGAGAGAGAUGCAAAGUCCAUCAGGAUUUUUCUUGAGGAUGGACAUCUAGUUGGAAUUGCUCAAUCAUAUGCAAAAAAUAUGGGACUCUAUGGCCAGAGAGUAGGAUGCCUAAGUGUGCUUUGUGAAGAUGAAAAACAAGCCAUGGCUGUGAAAAGUCAGUUGCAGCUGCUGGCCAGACCCAUGUAUAGUAACCCGCCUGUUCACGGUGCACUCAUAGUUUCAACCAUUCUUAGUGAUCCAGGGUUGAAGAAGUUAUGGCUCAAAGAAGUUAAGGUUAUGGCGGAUCGCAUCAUUGGAAUGCGAACAGCUCUACGAGAAAAUCUUGAAAAGAUGGGGUCACCCUUAUCAUGGGAGCACAUAACUAAUCAGAUUGGUAUGUUCUGCUACAGUGGUUUGGCGCCUGAACAAGUUGAUCGCUUGACGAGUGAAUUUCACAUCUACCUGACUCGAAAUGGUCGUAUCAGUAUGGCUGGAGUUACUACAGGCAACAUUGGAUAUUUGGCUAAUGCCAUCCAUGAGGUCACAAAAUCUGCAUAGACACUUUUUACAGAAGAAGAAUCCUCCAGGUCGCCUUGGAAGUAUGUACCGAGGCAUUCAGAUAUUUGAAAACCUCCAUUCCCAUCCCUUUAUAAGUAGGAAAGGAUGCAAUAAAAUAGAGGUCAUUACGGUCUCUUCCUAAAUUUUCCUUCUUUUUAAUUCAACAGUUGGUGUCGGAUUUAUUAUCGAUCUUGUAAGCAUGAACCAAGAAAUAAAUAAAAUUACAUCCAUAUUUAUCGUAA